AUGGCAAGUGGGUGGUGCCCGGACAGUUACCGCUCACUGUACUCCGCCGAUCCCGUCAACACCCAUGUCCUGACCUUUGACUACCAGGGCUAUGGAAUGUCUACGGGCCAUCCAUCCGAGGCCGGCGUUAUCACGGAUGCCCUAGCAGUGGCUGACUGGGCCAUCAAUACGGCCAGCAUCCCGCCUGAGCGGAUUGUCAUCUUUGGUCAGAGCCUUGGAUCUGCAGUAGCCAUUGCUCUCGUCAAUGAAAGUGCUCAACGUCAACCCUCAGAUCACUUUACUGGGCUGGUCGUGACAGCUACCUUUCAAGGCAUUCCACAGCUGACGGCCACAUACCGCAUUGGUGGUUUCAUCCCGGUACUCUCACCGGUUGCCAGGAUUAGGCCACUCUUCUACUCUCUUCUCACAGAGGCUGACAAGCAAGUGGGACAAUUUUCGCAGGCUUGGGGAGUUUGUCAAGGAAGCUGA